AUGGACGGUUCCGACGACCUAUACGACCCUAACGGGCCCGACGACAAGGACGUACCCGACGAUGAGGAUGGGCCAAACAACUCGGACAUGCCAGAUAACACGGACAGGCUCGACGAUCCAGAUGGGCACGAUGACCCAGUCAAACCUGACGACCUGGACGAGCCUGACGACAAAGACGACCCGGACGGAUUCGACAAGCCAAACGGGCCCGAUUACGCGGAUGGGCCCUAUGACUCGGACAUCCUGACCAACAAAAAUCAGUCGAACCAGACUGGUGGGAUGACCCUUCGGGUCAUCGGGCCCGUUCGUGUUGUCGGGCUCGCACAUGACUCGGUCGAGCCCGACGAGCUUGACGGGAGCAACGACACGGAAGGGCUUAACGACCCGAAAGAGCCCUACGACACGGACGGGUCUAACGACCUGAACGACCCGAACGACCCAAACGAACCCGACGACACAGACGUACCUGACGAUGAGGACGUGCCAGACAACUCGGACAUGCCAGAUAACACGGACGGGCUCGACGAUCCAGAUGGGUACGAUGACCCAGUCAAGCCCGACGACCUGUACGAGCUUGACGACCAAGACGACCCGGACGAACCCGAUGGCCCAGACGAACUCGAUGACCCAGACAGAUCCGACGCGUCAGACGGGCCCUACGACUCGGACAUCCUGACCGACACAAAUCGGCCGAACCGGACUGGUGAAAUGACCCUUCGUAUCAUCGGGCAUGUCCGCUUUGUCGGGCCUGCACAUGACCUGGUCGAGCCCGACGAGCUUGACGGGCACAACGACACGAAAGGGCUGAACGACCCGAAAGAGCCCCACGACACGGACGGGUCUGACGACCUGGACGAUCCAAACGGGCCAGGCGACUUGGACAUACAAGAUAUCACAGACGGACUCGAUGAUCCAGAUGGGCACGAUGACGCGGCCGACCCCGACGACCCAGACGACCCAGAUGAGCCCGAUGACCCGGACAAACUCGAUUACCCAGAUGAAUCCGAGGACCCAGACGGGCGCGACGACGUAGAGGGGCCCUACGACUCAGACGUCCCGAUCGACACAAAUCAGCCGAAACUGAUAGGCCCAACGACAUGA